UGUCAAGCAGUUGACUGUGACUCCCUCUGUCAGUGUAAAGCCGGGCUGCAGCGCUGCAGCACCACUCCCCUGUCAAAGCAGGAUCUAUCUUCUCCCCGAAACUCCCAGCCAGCCCAACCGCUGCCUCUGUGAUUGACUGGACUGCUGUGGGAGCACGGAGGGACCUCUCACUGGAUGUCAGCACCAAAAAACGUGGAUGUAAUCAGCAGCAAUCGGGUGUCAUUAUCCAUACAUGGGGAGCAGCCCAUGGACCUAAGUGUGACCCAGAGGUUGUUACAUCCAGGCCUAGAUUCGGCCAUGCUGGCCCCCCGCCCUCCCUUCUUCCUUGGACCUCUGACCUCUCAGCAUUGCUCCCAGUUUUCCCAGCAACACUUGCAGUAUAACAUUGAACAAAGGCAAAGAGAGAUGGAGCAGGAGCAAAGAGAAGAGCUACAUCAGCUUAUACGAAAGAGUAAAAAUGAGCAGAGUGCUGUAUCCAGUCCUCUGGUAAGGCAAAAACUUCGGGAACACAUAAUUAUGAAGAACCAUCCUGCCCAUGACAGGGUCACUCCCAACCACCGCAGUCCUGCACCAGGAUGCAGGCUCCCGGCUCCUGACAUGUCCCCAACUUCUACAGCCUGUGACCAGCGUAAAGACCUUGCCCUGCGCAGGACAGUCUCUGAGCCCACUCUGAAGUGGAAGUUAAAGAAGCUCAUCAGCACAAGACCAAACCCGCUGCAGCGUAAGAUCAGUGCCCCUCCAGCUGUCAAGCACCGGGCAGAAACUCUGGACUCCUCCCCCAGCAACAGCAGCACCCCAGCAUCAGGGUGCAGCUCACCCAACGACAGCCUCCAUUCAGAUAAUGGGCACCUCCCAGUGGCUCAUGAGGCACAGAGGUUGCUGGCUCAUUUCACCUCAUCGACCAACCCCACUGCAAUGCCCAACAUCACUGCUGGACUUCCUGCUCAGGCUGACCUGCGAGUAGCCAGGCCGUUAGCAGUUUCUGCUAUGCAUCAGGUCUACCUGCCUCUGGAAGGAAACAGUCAAACCCUGACUCAGCGCCUUCAGCCUGUGCUCAUACUGGAACCACAUACCGGACUGGUGCACUCCCAGCUCGUCUCUUUUCAUGGUUUGAGCUCCAUUCCUCUGCAGCAGCAGCAGCAGCCUCACCUGUCCUCGUCUACCAGAAGGGAAGGCUUAGUUACGUUUCCCUCCCACAGACCUUUGGAGCGAACACGUUCAGAGCCUCCGCCCUACAGCCACUCACCCCUUACUCUGCAUGCCAGCCGUCACUCACACAUCCAGCACCAGUUCACCCAGCAAUACCACAAGAGCGGGCUGGAGAGGUUCAAGCAGAAUGCAUACCUGAGCAAGAUCCCAUCGGAGGACAUGGACCUGGAGGAGAUUGGAUCAGAAUCAGGUUCGGGGCCUGGGUCCGUGUGCGAUUCAGAACCGGGCUCUAUGUCUGAGGAUGGCUACCACAGGAGACAGAGCACUGCCAGCACAGACUCAGUUUAUGGCACAGAGUCCAAUACCUCCUCACGGGACAGCCUGAUCGAGCCUUCACAUUCACUUAGUCAGAGGCAGGUGAACCUUAGAUCAGGUCUCCAGCUGGACCCCCUGGGUGUGCCUGCCCUAAUUUGGCCUCAUCAGCCUCUGGUUCGGACCAAGUCUUCCCCAGCCUCCACUUCCCUGCCUCCUCCUCCACAUCCACCCACAACCACACCUUCCCUGUCACUGUCCAGCACUGCAACAGACGUCAAGCUACGCUUCACCACAGGACUGGUUUAUGAUGCUCAGAUGCAGAAGCACCAGUGUACCUGUGGGGACAACAGCCGCCACCCUGAGCAUGCUGGGAGGGUCCAGAGCAUCUGGUCCAGACUGCAUGAAAGAGGUCUCAGGAGCCAGUGUGAGCGUAUCCGCAGCAGGAAGGCCACUCUAGAAGAGCUGCAGUCGGUCCAUUCAGAGAAACAUGUGCUUCUGUUCGGAACAAACCCACUCAACCGCCUCAAACUGGAUAACCACAAGCUGGCUGGAAUCUUAUCUCAACGGAUGUUUGUGAUGUUACCCUGUGGAGGAGUUGGGGUAGACAUUGAUACAACCUGGAAUGAACUUCACACAUCAGUAGCUUCCCGUAUUGCUGCAGGAUGUGUCACAGACCUGGCCCUGAAGGUGGCACAAGGAGAGCUGAAGAAUGGCUUUGCAGUAGUGAGGCCUCCUGGACACCAUGCAAACCACUCCUCCCCUCUGGGCUUCUGUUUCUUCAACUCUGUGGCCAUCGCUGCCAAGCAGCUUCAACACAAACACAACGUCAGCAAGAUCCUCAUCGUGGACUGGGAUGUUCACCAUGGCAACGGCACCCAGGAAGCCUUCUUUAAUGAUCCGAGCGUGCUGUACAUCUCUCUACAUCGCUAUGACAAUGGCAACUUCUUUCCUGGUAGUGGACAUCCUAGUGAGGUGGGUGCAGGUGCAGGCAAGGGCUUCAAUGUUAACGUAGGAUGGACAGGGGGUUUGAACCCUCCCAUGGGGGAUGCAGAGUACCUGGCUGCAUUCAGAGCCGUGGUGAUGCCCAUUGCUCACGAGUUUUCCCCUGACGUGGUGCUGGUGUCCGCUGGCUUUGAUGCUGUCGAAGGACAUUUGUCGUCACUGGGAGGCUACAAGGUCACAGCCAAGUGUUUUGGCUUCCUGACCCGUCAGCUGAUGUCACUGGCCGGGGGUCGGGUGGUCCUGGCUCGAGGGGGACAUGACCUCAAAGCCAUCUGUGAUGCCUCUGAAGCCUGCGUCAGUGCCUUGCUGGGCAUGGAGGUGGAGCCUCUGUCCCAGUCCGUGUUGGACCAGAAGCCUUGUGAAAACGCUGUACACUCAUUGCAGAAAGUCCUCCAGGUCCAAGGUGAGUACUGGCAGAGUGUGAGAGAUUCGGCCGCCACGGUGGAUCUGUCCUACCUGCAGGCGCAGCGAAGGCGCCUGAGACGAGACUCCGACAGCGAGGCCGUCAGCGCCAUCGCCUCGCUGUCGAUGGGAGCUAUCGCCUCUGAAAAGAAAAAGCCAGAAAAACUGACAGAGAAAAGAGAUUCUCUCUGAGGAAAGACUCUCCUGACAGCUGCCUUUAACCAAGUCUCUAUGGAAACACACACACACACAUACGCACACACACACAGCUAUGCAUUUGGACCAUCACUGGAAGCAGAUGUCCUCCUCAGUUCAACCACUGUAUUCAUCGCCUCAUGAAAACUCCUCUGCCUGCAAAACUACUGGCUGCAGUCUGAUCACUCUGAUUCAAACACACACUGAGCAAAAAGAUUCACCUGGGCAAAAAGCACACCCUCCUGAUGUCUCUACAGGCUUGUCCUGAAGGGGACAUCUGUCACUGAACUGAGAAAUAGUGGGAAAGAAAGACAACUGGAGGCCCAUUAAUGAAGGAUCUUUACUCUCCUGUAGCACUGGGAGCUGACAACAUGACGUAGCAGGAACACACACUUGACAAAGCGCAGCUCUGUGACUUUAAACAGACCUGCGAGAGAUCACGCAGAAUGUUGUAACCUUGAAGGCAGGGUCAAAGGUCUCCUGGGCUUACUGGAGCCAAUCACUCAGAGCGGAAGGAGUCGUCCCUACAGGGAGUGCCGGUGAAGGAGAGCAGACAUAUCCUCUGUGUCCCACUAUGAUGAUGUCAUUUGUCCGAAUGUGACAAAGAUCCAAAGAAGGAACAGAUCAGGGGCGUCUGAUAGUUUUGCACUGCACUGUUCUGUAAUGUGAACUGGAAGAGAUGGAGGAGACGCAGCCACUUCGGCCAUGGUGACAAUCAAACAUCCUGUUUGUUCAUAGAUUAUUUUGAUAUUCAUUUAUUUUACCUUUGGCACACAUUUUUGCAAAUGUCAGCCGUUUUCUAUGUUGUUAAAGAAUCCAGUAAGAGUGAAGCUACAGUGAAGUCUGAGAUACAUAUGUUUCAUAUUUUUUUGUAAGUCCACAUGUUGUCUUAGUCUUUUUUUAGUUCUUAGCCUUUCGGGCGAGCACAUGCAGCAAGACUCUAGAUGGCUGCAGUUAUUGAUUUGGCUCCCUGGCAGAUCAAAGAAGACACAGCAGUGUUUGACGAAGUGCAUCUUAAAAGUGUAGACAUACUGUAGUUUGUAUAGUUGGCAUUAGUAACAAUGAAGAGCUAAUACCUCUCGUCAUUGGAGUAUCAAUAUCAGGGGUGAAAGACGUUCUUUACACGUCAGCAAAGACAAAUCACCCAUGAUGCUUCAAUGCAGCGUGACCACUCAGAAAUGAUUGUAUAUGUGACAAUGCAGAUCACACUUGAGAUGCAUUGGGAUGAGACCCAAUCCAAAGACUUAAUGACAAUCCCACACUCAAAGUGCACUUACAUUGCCCUCAGGAUGGCAGGAUCAGAAUGACUUCAGUCUGAAAAUCUGAACUUUGAUAAUGUUUGUUAAGUGGACCAGUGUUUCUACCUGUGGAUUUACAUUCCUGCUGUACUUUGUAAUUUCUUUUAAACUUGUAUUUCUUUCAUAAUGAGGACAAACUGAUGUGUCCUUUGUCCGUUGUUGACGUAGCAACGUUAUGUUUACUGUCAGUGGCGGGGAUUGUUUUGCUCCCCGGACCAAAGAACGACAUUUUAGCAGUUAGAAUGGAGCAAUAAUACUGAGAUAGUUGAAAAUCCACAUAGUGCAAUUGGACACAGGUUAAGCGCAACCAAAGUUUAUCAGAACAAUGUGCCAUUCCUGGACUGGCAUGGCUUAAAGAGCUUCAAAGACUUUCAAGAGUUUGUGAAUGUUUCUUUUUUUUCUAUCCAAACAGUUGAACAGCACCAAAAGCACAGGACGGAUAUAUAAACAAAUUCAUUUCUCCCCCAAAAAAUUAUUUAUACAUUCAGAUUCUGUGUCUUUGAAGUGCUCUUUGCAUGUCUAACACAAUUAUGACGGUGCUAUGGAUUAUACUUUUUUAAGUGCAGUAUGUUUGCCUUUUCUGUUUCUUUCUUUCUUUAUGUUGCAUUGUGAACGCAACUCGAAACCUGUCAAAUAUUUGUUAAUGUAAUGAAAAUGUGAAAACAAAUGACGGCAAAUUUCGGCUCCAUAUCAUGUAGGACAGCCUGAGUGUAACUUUGCGUAGUCUUAUGAGAACAUUCGUGACAGUGAACUGACAUAUCUAAUGUCUUAUCUUUUGUCUUAAUAAAUUCAAAUUACUUAUUUUUGUAUUUGAGCUAAAAAAUGAACCCUGUGCGUACGUAGAGACCAAAUUGUCAGCCUGUGUGCCUUAAAGUAUCAUUCUGACCAGCCUGUGUAAAGGUCGCCUAAAUGAACUGGAUCUUCAUUUAAGGUCCAGAUUUCUCUUAACUUACGUUGACUUGUUUCUGUACAGUGUACAUAAUUACUUUGUUUCGUUUUUUUUGUGGCCCUUUGUCUUUUCUACUAUUUCUGUUU